AUGGUUGAGAAGUUCAAUGAAUUGCUUACACCUGAGGAAGCAUCUCAAAUUUGCAAUCAGUUUCACAGUGCCAGGUGGAAACAUGGACGCCAGGUUAUGUGGAGCGGUGUACCCCGCAGUUUGGUACAAACCUGGGCAGAUAAGCAUAGAAUGCAAACAUUGACAACGGCCAUGGGGCCAUUGAUGGUUCACAGUGAUCCACACUGUUUAUGGUCCCGAAAAUCAAGUAAAAGGUGGAGUAAGUAUAUGAAGGGUGCAUCUGCUAUGUACGCCUAUCAUAUUGCUCAAAACAAGGAACCGGUCACUGUCCUCUCUCCGCCGCCUCCUGAGCAAUAUAAUCCAUACGGCGGAUCAAACUAUCAAACCCUCGAGGAGCCAAUCCUGAAAGGAAAACUAGGGCCCAAGGUCGCACAGAUUGAAAUGGUACAUCCAACCGUACCCGGCGCUGAAGAAUUCCACUAUCGGAUAUGGCCAAAUGACGAAACAUUCUCAUGGUAUGAGAACUUUGGGCACCCUCAUCCAGCUACACACUGGCGACGUGUAGUAGCUAGGCAAGCAUUACGAUAA